GGGGCCCCUCUGGGGCCUGAGCACCUGGCUCCACUGUGCCAGGUGUCGGCAAGUGAAGGGGAGGGCCUCGGGGUCCCCCAGGGUGCCAGGACGACAUACAGUGAGCCCCUGCUGGGGGCCAUGGCCAGCACCUGGGCCCUACCAGCCAGGGAGGAGGGGGAGGAGCAGGAGGCAGCAGGGCAGGGGCAGGAGGAGGAGGAGUGCCCCAUCUGCACGGAGCCCUACGGGCCGCACGAGCACUGCCUGGUUCUGCUGAACUGUGGCCAUGGCCUGUGUUCGGGCUGCCUCCACCGGCUGCUGGGUACCAUCCCCAGCGCCGACCUGGGCCGUGUGCGCUGCCCGCUGUGCCGCCAGAAGACGCCCAUGCUGGAGUGGGAGAUAUGCCAGCUGCAGGAGGAGCUGCUGCAGGCCGACGGGCCCGCACGCCCACCGCCCAGCGACACCCCCGUCCCCCGCCACCGUGGCCCUUGGCCCUGGGGCGCCCUGGAGCACCGCUACCAGCUGCGCUUCCUGGCAGGACCCGGGGGCGGCCGGGGCUGCCUGCCCUUCCUGCCCUGCCCACCCCGCCUGAGUGCCUGGCUCUGGGUGCUGCGGGAGCGCGGGCCCUGUGCCCGCCGCCUGGCACUGCUGAGCCUGCUGGCUCUGGAGCUGCUGGGGCUGGGGCUUGUCGCCACACCGCUCGUGCUGCUAGGGUUGCUCCUCAUGCUCCUGAACCGCUCCAGCCACCGAGCAGCACCCUGACCACCCUCACGCCCACGUCCCCACACCUGGGUGGUGUGAGGCCUGAUGCCUGGGCCGAAAAACCCAAGGUGGGACCCAGGGCACUGGCCUUCGGUCAAGGCCUUCUGUCACUGGACCAGGGCCCAGGCCCACCUGGGGGCCCAGCCGCUGCCAAAGAGUCUACGACUGCCCUGCUGCCCAGACACCAGCC